GCAGCCCGCCGGGCCGGAUCUGGGGCCCGGGGGCCCUGGGGGCGUUUCCACCCCUGGCAGGGUUACCUCGCGGUGUUUCCCCCGCCCAUCUUGGGGCUUGGAGCGGCGAAGCCGGCUGCCUUUACUUGGAUUGCUCCCCCUUUGUAAGACGACCUAGAUGUCACUUCCUGGAAGAGAGAAUCAUACCCUUCUGUACUUGCUUUCAGAAACUUGGUUUAUCCCAUUGUGGAGUAAUUUAUUUACAAACCUUACUCCUGGGGUGAACUCUGACGGCCGAGACGGUGCUGUUGUACCCCUUGCACCUAGCUCUGUACCUGACUGCGGAGGUGCUAAAUAACUGUGCAAUGAAUGAUAAAGGGGCUUGAAAGCCCAAAAAGAGAUUCUCCUGUUGUUGAAGGGUUGAGUGGGACGGCUGACCCAAAAGUGUGACCUGCGUUUCGGGGCAUGACUAGCGCCAUUUUCCAGUACAAGUUCAGGGAUCUAACUGUGGAAGAACUAAGGAAUGUAAAUAUGUUUUUCCCACAUUUCAGAUAUUCCAUGGACACAUAUGUUUUCAAAGAUAAUUCCCAGAAAGACCUACUGAAUUUCACUGGCACUGUUCCUGUGAUGUAUCAGGGUCAUACAUAUAACAUUCCAAUUCGUUUGUGGAUUUUGGAUUCCCACCCUUUUACUCCCCCCAUUUGCUUCUUAAAGCCAACUGCAAAUAUGGGAAUCUCAGUUGGAAAACAUGUUGAUGCUCAAGGAAGAAUAUACUUGCCGUAUCUCCAAAACUGGAGCCAUCCUAAAUCUGUCAUUGUUGGACUAAUUCAGGAAAUGAUUUCCAAGUUUCAGGAGGAACUUCCUCUGUAUUCUCUACCAUCAUCUGAUGAGGCACGGCAAGCAGACUUGCUAGCCUAUAUUGCAAAAAUCACAGAAGGUGUCUCAGACAUAAAUUCAAAGAGCUGGGCAAAUCAUGAGACUAAAACCGUCAAUAAAAUUACUGUGGUUGGAGGUGGAGAACUGGGCAUUGCCUGCACAUUAGCAGUUUCAGCAAAGAGCAUUGCAGACAAACUGGUCCUCCUAGACCUCUCAGAAGGGACUAAAGGAGGAAUGAUGGAUCUUGACAUCUUUAACCUUCCUAAUGUGGAGAUCAGCAAAGAUUUGUCUGCUUCUGCUCAUUCCAAGGUGGUGAUCUUCACAGUUAACUUUUUGGGUAGUUCUCAGUCCUACCUUGAUGUGGUGCAGAGCAAUGUGGAUAUGUUCAGAGGUCUUGUCCCAGCUCUGGGACAUUACAGUCAACACAGUGUCCUGCUUGUUGCAUCUCAACCAGUGGAAAUCAUGACCUAUGUGACAUGGAAACUGAGUUCAUUUCCUGCAAAUCGAGUGAUUGGAAUUGGAUGUAAUCUCGAUUCACAGAGAUUACAAUAUAUUAUUACAAAUGUUUUGAAGGCACAGACUUCAGGAAAAGAAGUAUGGGUUAUUGGUGAGCAGGGAGAAGACAAAGUGCCCACAUGGAGUGGCCAAGAAGUAAUGAGUCAUAACUUUGAGGUACAGCUGUCCAACAGAGCCAUGGAACUGUUACGGGUAAAAGGCCAAAGAUCUUGGUCUGUUGGAUUAUCAGUAGCUGACCUGGUUGACAGUAUUGUAAAUGAUAAAAAGAAAGUACAUUCUGUAUCAACUUUAGCAAAGGGAUAUUAUGAUAUAAAUAGUAAUGUGUUUUUAAGUUUGCCUUGCAUGCUUGGAACCAAUGGGGUAUCUGAAGUCAUCAAAACUACAGUGAAAGAAGAUACAGUGACUGAGAAACUCCAAAGCAGUGCAUCAUCAAUCCAUGGUCUCCAACAACAGUUAAAACUUUGAUUUUAAAGUUCAGAGUUACCUGAAAGGAGGGGUCACUUAAUUCUGCCAACAUAUAUAGGGUUAAGAACUUCUGUAUCUUAUUACUUUUCCUUACAAACUGCUUGGUUAAGGUAGAAGAUUUCUUGGUUAACUUUUUAAUUUUAGUGCUUUGGGAGUUUGAUAAGGAGUGAAAAAAAUCUAAUUUUAUUUGUUCUUGAGAAAUCUAUACUGUUCUGUAGACCUUAUAGCAGAGACAGACAUUCAUCUGCAAUAUGCAUGAUUUGAAAAGGUAUAUCCUCACCUAAAAGCACAUUUAGCACGUUGGGGAUACUGAAAAUGACUCUGACUAUUAAAGUAAACAUGGCAAGCUAAAGAAAGACCUAGUAUUGAGCUGCAAAAUCUGUGCUAGGUGUACAUUCAAAAGAUUCACAGCUUAAGGUGUUAAUGUUUCUUCUUUAAAGUACAGUUGGUAGUAUGGUAAAGCAUUUUGUUUUCCAUCUUCAAAUUAAUUAGCUACCAAAAAGUGGAAAUGAAAUUUACAUGUACUUUAAAAUUAGGGAAAGUGAAAUUUCAUUUAAUAUAUAUGAAGAAAAAGUAUAGUUUAAUUUCCAGUGGGACUUUUCUUUCUGAAAUUGCCUAUAACCUCUUUCUAACAUCUCCAACAUUGCAUCAACUCACUAUAUUAGUAGAACCAUUCAGAAAAGUGUGUAGUUUUAGUGGAAAUUGAUUGUGAAUAAAAAGCCGAGCAGUUUACUUUAAAGCUAAAACAUGAGGCUUUCAUAAAAACCAUUGGUCUUAAGAGGAGAGGUUAGAUGGACUGAUUUUUUUGAGCAAAUCCUUUAACCACUUGUAAAGAAAUGAUUCAGAGUACAUAUGCUUUGAUGAUGGGUUAAUAACAGUUAUCUUCAUAUGUGAAAGAUAGAUAUUAUGAAUGUGACAACAGCUAAUAGUAACAACAUCAACACAUAUUUCAGGUGGUGUGAUGAGCACUUUAUUAUUUUAUUGAAACAUUGAGGUAGUUUUAUCAUCAUUUUAUAGAGGAGAAAAUUGAGGUUUAGUGCCCAAUGUAUCACAGCUAAGGGGCCCCUAUCCAUACAGCUUGUACUUUUUCUAAGCAGCAGAAGGGGGAAAAGCCUAAGAGCUGAAACAGUUGCAAGACCUACAUCUGGGGUUCUGUACACUGUGGAAAGAUUAUUUUCCAUUCUUUUGUAGGGGCUGACCUUUCUUUUUUUUUUCUUACAGUUUUUAGAAAGAUUGAUUUCCUGAUUUCCCAGACUUGCCCUCAGCAAAUAACAGAGUGGGGUAUGCAAUGAAGUAGGUGUUUAUUUACUCAUUCAGAUAUUACUGACUGGGAGCCUGCUAUACACUAGGCACUAUUCCAGGCACUGCAGGUACAGUGAUGAGCAAACCUGUACUAGGUACAAGCCCCCAUGGCCCACACAAUCUAAUAUGGGAGACACAGUAAUCAAGUCCCACAGAUGUACAAUUUCAAGUGUAAAGAUCCCAGGUGCUUUGAAAGCAUAUGAUAGGUGAAUCCAAAGUUGGUCAGACAGAUGGGGCUAAAUGGUUUCUAAGAGCAGACACAUCCUAGGUAGAGAGGAAAUAAACCAGUGCUGAUUUAGUAUCAUGGAUGCUUAUAAUGAUGAGCUUAAACCAUACAGAAAAGGUGAAAUACACAGUGUCCUAUGUUUAGAAAAGUAGAAAAAUAUUAUGUUUGUUAAGAUUCCUACCAGAAUUAACAAGGCUAAAAAUCUUGGACUUUGACGAGAUAAGCAUUAGUUCUGCAUAAUUUCAAUACACAGCUAAAUUAUUUUGAUGUUACUCUAACAAUAUUUCUUCACUGUCCUUUUUGUAUGAAAUAGGAAGUAAAACUGAAAGAACUAUUUCUUGUGUUUUUUAAAUUAGCCUUUUCUGAUAUGUUACCUAAUUAGAAAUUAGAUAAUAGAAAUAUCUAAUUUGUUUGUGAACAGUAACCUAACUGCAAGAUACUGUAUAGUAUAGUAAUUACCAAGAAUUCACUACAUUAUUUAUAAGUUAAUGUCAGUGCAAUACAACAAAUACUUUCAACAUCUUGUUAUUCCUAGUUCUGUUAGAGUCUGAGUAUUCAACCAUGAGUAAUAGUCUUUGUCCUACAGAAGUUGACAGUACAGAAUUAAUUCUAUCGAAUAUUUGCUUGUGUUAAGUAUUACCAAUCACAUUGUAAGUUCCAUAAGUCAAGAAGAGGUACCACCGCCACCACUUCAGCAAGAUUUGGUGAUAAUUUGACAUUCAUGAUGCUUCUAUUUCCUUUCACAUUCUCAUUUUCCCAAAAUCAUGUCAUGUCUCCUCUUGUUAUGAUUUUAAUGGGGCUUGGAUUUAAAUGAUUCUUUAAUACUGUAGUGCAGAGAUAAAUUUAUUUAUUUUCUAAUUUACAUUGGAAUUUCCCUUAAGUAUCAAGGAUAAUGAAUGAAAUAAACUUUGACUUUAAAAUCA